GAUCUUGUGGUUGAAGAACUUGUGAGCUGCUGGCCUGGAGCCAUCGCUGCCAGAUGCCUCGGCGAUGGGCACGUUACAUUAACUCUAGUAACAGCCGGCCCAGAUCGCUUUUCUUCAAGGUGAAAGGAAAGGACAAGAAAAUCUGAAAAAGGAUCUGGUGCGAAGAAUCAAAAUGCUGGAAUAUGCGCUUAAACAGGAAAGGGCUAAGUAUCACAAAUUAAAAUAUGGCACAGAAUUGAAUCAGGGAGAUAUGAAGCCACCAAACUAUGAUUCUGAUGAAGGGAAUGAGACAGAGAUUCAGCCACAACAGAACAGUCAGCUAAUAUGGAAACAAGGACGACAGCUGCUAAGACAGUAUCUACAAGAAGUGGGCUACACCGACACGAUAUUGGAUGUGAAAUCAAAACGAGUACGAGCUUUAUUGGGCCUCUCAAGUGAUGCUUCAGAGAAGGAAAACAGAAAUCAAGAGCCAAUGGUAAAUGGCACAGAGGGCCAGAUUAAAGAAAACACAAUGAUUGGGAAACCUGAAUUGACUGACUCUGCCUCUCUGCUAGAGACCUUCAAGUUUCUUGAAAAUGCAGCUGCAGACUUUAGUGAUGAAGAAGAUGAAGAAGAUAAUGAAGGAAGAGAGAAAACAAUCAUUGAUACCGCAACAAUUGUAAGGAAGAGAGUGCUAUCUGACAGCAGUGAAGACAGAGAUACAGAAGAAGCUUUGAAAGAGUUUGACUUUUUGGUUACCUCAGAUGAAGGUGAUGGGGAAUCGAGAAGUUCAGGAGAUGGAACAGACUGGGAAAAGGAAGACCAGUGUCUCAUGCCUGAAGCUUGGAAUGUCGACCAGGGAGUAAUAACCAAACUCAAGGAACAAUACAAAAAGGAGCGCAAGGGGAAAAAGGGGGUUAAGAGAAAAACUACCGAAGAUAUGUUUCAGCCUCAAUCCUAUAUAAAACAGUCAAAACAGGGAUGUGGGAAAAUGAUGGAGCAAAGCACAGGGCCCAACAGGUCAAAGCUGCAAGAUAUGCUUGCAAACUUGCGAGAUGUUGAUGAUCUCCCUUCAUUACAGCCAUCUGUUGCACCUUCUUCUAGGCCCAGUAGCUCAAGGCUCAUUGAGCACGAGAUAAACAGGACAGAUGAAGUGGAAGCUUUAACAUUUCCUCCUUCUUCAGGGAAAUCUUUCAUUAUGGGAACAGAUGAAGCCCUUGAAAGUGAGCUGGGUCUUGGAGAACUGGCAGGCCUUACAGUAGCCAACGAGGCAGAUUCACUGACUUAUGAUAUAGCAAACAAUAAGGAUGCAUUGAGAAAGACUUGGAACCCCAAAUUCACAUUAAGAAGUCACUUUGAUGGAAUAAGAGGUCUCGCUUUUCAUCCGGUUGAACCAGUCUUAAUAACAGCUUCAGAGGACCAUACAUUAAAAAUGUGGAAUUUACAAAAAACAGCCCCAGCAAAAAAGAGUGCUUCUCUUGAUGUAGAGCCAAUAUAUACCUUCAGAGCACAUAAUGGACCAGUGCUCUGUGUGGUGAUGAGCAGUAAUGGUGAACAGUGUUACAGUGGGGGAACGGAUGGCCUCAUCCACGGCUGGAAUACAACCAACCCGAACAUCGACCCCUAUGACUCUUACGAUCCUUCUGUUCUAAGAGGUGCUUUUGUAGGCCAUACAGAUGCAGUAUGGGGUCUGGUUUACAGUGGAGCACACCAGCGUUUGCUGUCCUGUUCAGCAGACGGCACUAUACGUCUAUGGAAAGCUACAGAAAUUGCUCCAGCUCUCAAUAUAUUUAACGAUAAUCAAGAAAUGGGAAUCCCUUCAUCAGUAGAUCUUGUGAGCAGUGACCCAAGCCUCAUGGUAGCAUCGUUUAACAGUGGACACACUAGCAUUUUUAACAUGGAGACACGGCAACGAAUUCUUACCCUGGAGUCCAGUGCAGAUACUACAGUCAGUUCCUCCUGUCAGAUAAACAGAGUCAUCAGCCAUCCAACUCUUCCAAUUAGUAUAACUGCUCACGAAGACAGACACAUCAAAUUCUAUGACAACAAUACAGGAAAACUGAUCCACUCCAUGGUAGCUCACUUAGAUGCAGUUACAAGUUUAGCUGUUGAUCCCAACGGCUUGUAUUUGAUGUCUGGCAGUCAUGACUGUUCGAUUCGCUUGUGGAAUCUUGAAAGCAAGACCUGCAUCCAAGAAUUCACUGCUCAUCGCAAAAAAUUUGAUGAGUCCAUUCAUGAUGUGGCAUUCCACCCCUCCAAAUGUUAUAUUGCCAGUGCAGGAGCAGAUGCCCUGGCUAAAGUGUUUGUAUGACAGAGUGCUUCCCUUUCAACUCUAGCUUUGUAUAUAUUUAACCAGCUGCACAAAAGAGAAGAGGAGGGCAUGAGUCUUCUUAUCCUGCCCUGUAAUUCAGAGAAUGUUUGUAAGUGUUUAGUUUUGCAGGGUGCUGUUUUCUAAAUUGGUGUUUGUUCUGGUUUCUGUGAGCUCAGCUGGUGCUGAGAGCUUGGAAACUCUCAGUUUCAAAUAAUUAAAAAACAAAAGAAAUGCUUUUAUUUCAGAGGGUGUGAAUUUUCGUCCAGGCAGGCCUUGGGUGAAACUAGGUCUAUGUAUUCUCUAUUAAUAAAAUGGGAGUACUGGAAAGAAGGGGUCUAAUUGCAUCAGGGAGUAGGAAACGAGGGAAACUUCCUAGGAUGCUUUUCAUUGAGGAAUCGUAAUGUACUUAAAAUUAAAUCACCUGGAAAAAGUGUCAGUUCACGUGCUCGUUACUGUGUCGUGUGAGAGGCACUUUGUCAUCCCUUUGGUAUUAAUAAAGUAGAUCUUGUUCAGAGAGCAGUAGCGGAUAGUUAAUUUCAGCCACCUGGCUGCUAGCCUAAGAUAAAUGCAGUUAAAGGAAAGCAAAUUACUAACAUAAAUUAAAAUGCAGUAAAGUUUUUGUUACAUCUUCUGUGUUACACAGUAAAUAUUUAGUUUGCAAAAAAAUUUAUCUAAUUUUUUUAAAGACUGUAUUAGCGUGUGGCUACAAGCUGAGCCUUUAGUCUAGUCCCAAUUAACAACAGACUGAAGCAGUCUGUAUAUACUGUAGUAGCAGAUUUAACUUAUUCAGAUUUAUAAUGCUGUUUAUUCUUGGAGAUCUGGCACAAGAAGUUAUCACAAAGCUUUCCAAAGAAGCUGUCCAACAAUUUAACUACCCAAUAUUCAUCUCCUCUUUCUGUUCCUGCCAAAAAGGGUAUAAUUCUGGGCAUUAAGGGUAACAGUGAAAUACUUCUUUUGAAGAUUAGACCUAUACUUGAUGCUUUGUAUGAGUCCUGCUAGCUCAGUAGGUGGGAACUAUGCAAAGUUCCAUCAGUUUCAGAGAUUCUGCUACUUCUAGAGGUAUUUCCCACUUUCACCAUUUGUGGAACUUGUCUCCUUCACUGGGCGUAUCGUGCCAUUGAUGAGGUUACCUGAAGAAUGAGUGCUUCUUGUAAUUACUCAACAGAUGUGCUUUGUUUAUCUGUUGAGAGCUUCUCUGUUGAUUUGAAUGACAAACAACUUUUAAUCAGAUCUUUUAGUCUUUUUAUCCCUUCUUAAAGGAAGGUGAGUGGAUUCUUUUCUGUUACGUGUCAUCAUCAGUUAUUACUGCUCAUAAACCUGAAAUUGGCGUUUUCCUCUAAUGGGAAUGGAAGGCAGAAUUUCUGCUGGAGAUGAUUUCUGGUGCUGAUGUGAGUAGGAAAGAACCCAGUGCAAUUCUUCCACGUACCAGCCUGAGGUUAAGACUGGAAACUGAUAAAUAAAUAUUUACCUUUAAACUGACACUUUUUAAAAAGGAAUCAUUGAAAAAUAUCAACAUAGGGUUUGACUGUGUUGGUUUUAGAGUGGCAUUUGGGGAUGGGACCACAUUUGAAGCUGAUCUCAGAGUUUAAAUCAACUAUAUGAUUUAGAAUAAAAGGUUGACCUAUGCUGUUUGAGCCUGCAACACAUUAUAUUUACUGCUAAAAUAUCCUGGAAUACCUUUUAUUGCUCAGAAUAUUCAGAUAUGUCACUUCGUUAUAUUGAUAUGCAAUAUAUUUCCAUAGAUAAGAUUAGAACUUUUACCAUGAGACAGAUGACUACAAUAGUAAUUCAGAUUAUUUAGUUUUUAUAAAGUGUUUUGGUUAUGAUGGAAAGGGGGGAACUUGGCUGCAAAACUGAGCAUUCGAUUUUGUGAGAGUUCUGUGUACUUGACUCAUAUUCUUUCAGUGUCAUUAUUUUAUUUCUUUUUGAAGAGGAAAUUACAAAGAUUUAUUUGAAAAUUCUAAAAGUUAUGUAUAUUAUAUAUGUGUAUAUAUAUUGUAAACAUGUAUUAAAUGUGUCUAGUAAGGGAAGACUCCAUGGGUGCAUUUUAAUGUUUUAGUAUUAAGAGUUCUCUUGAGUUUAUGUAUACAAAGGAUAAUGGUGUGAGUACGAAAUGAAUGUUGUGCUUUUGCUUACACAAUACAAUAUGUAGUUACAGUUGUUUAAAUUGCUGUACAUAAACUAAUAGGCCAGCAUGCUUGUUUUUAAAGACUGUCAUUCUGAUUACAAUUGGAAUGUAAGAAGUGGCUGUUCAAAUGUGAAUUGAAAGAUGUUUCCUUCUCGCUGUUGAGCUCUUGCUCAAACUGAAAAGUGAUUUUUUUUUUUUUUUUUUUUUUCUUUUAAAGCUGGCAAUAGCUAGAGGAUGAGGUGCCUUUAAAAAACAAAACAAAUGUAGCCUUACAAAGAGGUUGUGGAGUAUAUCUAUUUUUGUGCUGGUCUUCAUAAUUGAUGUCAAUGUCUUUUUACUGUACUUGCUCACAUACUUGUAGGACUGCAGGGUAUUGUGCAUGAGCCCGUCAGAUCUUCUGAACAUCAUCGUAGGAGUUACGGGUGACAAAAUUAUUUAGGUUAUCUAGUCCAUCUGCUUGCUAAAGCAGGGUUGUAGACCUGUGCGGUUUAAUAUUGUCUUGGCCAGUGAGGUUUUAUCUAUGUUCUAAACUAUUAGGCUUCCUUUCGAAGAUUAUUUCAAUGAUUGCGUCUCACUGACACGAGGAUUUAUGUGGUGUUUAGUAGUUCUUUUUUGUAACUUCAUGCCAGUAUUCCAAGCCAUGUUUUGUGCCAUUUUACAUUUUCCUCGCUGUCUUUGUGAUUUGGAACCUGCAUGCACGCACUGGUUCUAGCUGUGUAUUUCCAUUCCUUUCCAAUUCCUUCAACCUAUAUUUUAGUCUGCUCUUUUUACACAACUUUUUCUUGUUUUCAGCUUUUCAGCUCAGUUCUCCAUACCUUGAUGCCCCCACCACCAUUCCACAUGCAUGAUUUGUUGGACUGACUCUGAAGGUCAUCUGUUAAGUGUGGUUUUUGUUUGGUUGGUUUUUUACCUCUGUAAUGCGAUGCUUUUGUGUAGGAAGACCAAAUGUUUGGUCUUCUGGCUAGUGUCUCACAAGUCCAAAUUGUGUUUCUUUAUUUCUGACAACUGUUUUAAAUAACUUUGAGCAUUGCCGUUUCUCAAGUUUCUUCUUCGCUUUCAGUAUGUUGUUAUGAUUCUUUUGCAGCUAGAUACUUAAUUCCUGUUUCAUGAUUAUCCUGGGUUUUAUAAGUUUUGAACUUCUGAGGGCACUAAAUUAUUUUUAUUUUUUUCCCUUUUAUGUGCAGUUCUUCCUGGUUCAAUGGAAUUGGUAACUUUAAUGUGAUACAUACAUCUGUUGAAGAUGUAAACAAAACUGGACCUAAGGCGUAUUCUUGCAAAGAAGCAUUUUCGUGCAACAUCAAUAUAUGGCAUUUUACCAUUACUAUUUUCCCCAUACCUAAUUUACAUGGCACAUUUUUCAGUGGUUAACUCAUAACAUUUUUUGUGUAUGUUAGUCCAUGCUACUGAUUUUGGUUUUACUAAUUUAAUGGGAGAAUUUUCAGUCCUUCCAUGUGUUGAAAAUCAGUCUGCUAGUUUUAAAUACUCUCAUUUUUUUUCUAAUUUACUUCACUGUGCUGUUUCUGUUAAAAUAUUUGAUUCAGUUACCAAAACACUUGCGCAAAAUGAUUUAGAAUAGCCAUGGAAGAAACUCUAGAUAUAAUUAUAUUGUGGAAAACAUUUUCUUCCCUCUUACAGAAGCCUAGUGUUUGCAUUUUUUGUUGUGCCUCAAAGAGAGAACUUUUGAUGUACCAAGUAAAAGAUUUUAUUACUUGUAAGAAAAUCACCUGAUGAACAUUUUGGGAUGUCAUUCAUCUUUAUUUUUAUAAAAUAUGUUCUUUAGCAAGAAGCCUGUAUAACUAUACGCCACCCACCGUAGGUUAUUUUUUAGGCCGUGUGAUUUCAAAUAAUGUUACGUUAAAGCAGUCCCCUAUGUAAUGUGUUUGAGUAAGUGUGUGAUGUCCACCAUACAGCUUUGUGAUUAGGUCAUACAGCACCACUUUGCUGUUGUGAAUUUAAAAGUAAGCAGAAACUUGUCCUUUUGAAUAAUUGUGUAAGAGAUGAAGGACGUAGUUACACCACGUUUCCCAGUGCACCUGUUCGAUCAGAGAUGUGUCCCCUUUCCCCACCUCCUUCCUCAUGCUUUAACAAUGUAAUUUUGGGGGGCAGCAAUUUCCAUAAACUGAUGUGUCAUUUGAGCAGUGUUUGACUGGCAGAAGCGUUAGUCCAUCCCAAGGGAAACAAAAAAAAUUUAAAAAACGGGCAUAACCAUCAGAUAAGCAAGUUGGGAGGGUUUUUUGAUGCCUUUCAAGAUGUGUAUUUGGAAGCAUUUGCAGGCUGUGGUUUGGCAGUGUCUUUGCAGGCUGUCCUAGGGAGCCCACUUGACACCUGUGUGAGAUACCUAGUAAACCCAGUAAAACCUAGUCAUGUGGGGUGAGUUAGGGCAGAAAAUGCAGCCACUGCGGUUCUCCCUGUGCAGCAAGAGCCGGUGGCAGCGUUCUCCUUGGAGUCCCCUUUGCUGAGGCAUCAGGUUUGCAGUCUUAACACAAGUAAUUUCUGCAGGGUGGGGGUAUCUGCAAAUGAGAUUAUUUGUAUUUUUGCUUUGAAGAUCUGUAGGUAGUGGUGCUUUGGACUCUGUGCUUAUGAACAGCGAGGGAAGCAGGGAGACCAAUUACUGAGCUCUGUAGGGGAUGGACAGUAGGUUAAAUGGCCGGAACCGAUGUGCCCUCUGUGUGACUGGUGUCAUCUCGGCAGAACUGGGCUGGGGAGCAGUGUGGCGUUUAGCCUGAUGGUAUCACAAAAGAAACCUUUAAAAUGUUAGGAGUAACAAGUUUAGUUAGGCUUUCCCAUAACGAUUCUUCAGAGUUGUUCAUUUGUCCAUUGGCUGCAAGUUAUAUGAAGGAUAAAACUUAGUAUGUAUCCAGAUUCCAAAUUACGCACUCUUGUGUCAAAGGUGGAGAUGGUUCAAACUGCAGAUCUGUGUCACUUUAGGUGAGGAGCUGGCAGGAGAUUUGUAAUGGCUAAUUAAUGAAAUGCUAAGAACAGAACUUACUCUUCUGUUAAACGUAGUCUUCAUGUUGGGGACCCAGUUGUGCGAAGACAAGUUCCUCAGACACUGUACUGGGACGACUCUUGCUUCCAGGUAAACAUUUAUUUAAAAACCAAAUUGUAGGGCUAAGACUUUGUCACAUGAUGACUGUUAGUAUUGAACCAAAGACACAAAAUUUGGGAAGCAGAGUAGAAUUUUAGGCUUGUUUCUCAUUUUUCUUUUUUUUUUUUCUUCAGUCAUAAUCUACAUGUUUAAUAUAUAUUUCCUACAGUGUCAUCUGUAUGACUCCGUUUCACAUUAAAUAUCCCAUUCUGUAAAAAGCACUCCUCCAGUACUUUCUCAUACAAACGAGAUGUGAAUGGUGGUUCCAGGUAAUUUGUGACUUGCUAUCUAUGUCUUUCAGCUUUCUAAUGUGUGAGCUGAUAAAAUUAAUGGAAUUAAUUAAUGUGAAAACAUGAUGCUGCUUAUAGCAUUUAAAAACUUUCUGAAAUUUGUGGCUGUUUAGUGGAAAUUGUUUUGGACUACACUGUUAAGAGUGAAGAAAUCAGAAUAUGAUAGUAAACCAUUUACGUAUGGUAAAUUGGUUUGUAUAAGAUGUUGCAAUCUUUGAGACAGUAAUUUGAGUUUCCUUGGGCAUCUGCUGUUGGUGAGCAUCGUAGGGACAGAGUGACAGAGAGUGUCGGAGCGACAGAGAGAAAGCAAAGAUUUCCCUGAAAAAACUACUCGGGUGUUUCAGGAAGCUCCCCUUUUCCAUAAGGACGGGAAGACAUUGAGAAUAUUUUAUAUAAAUCUGACAGCAUAUUUAGUUGAAGAGGGUUACGGUCUUGACUCUUUCAUCAUCAGUGUCUAAGCUUAGAGACAAACACCGUUACUGAAACGAAUGGCCUGUGAACUGCUAUUCCAAAACCUCCACAGUGUUUCUGCUGAAAACCAGAGCAUUGAUCCACCCAGUUACACAGGGGGUGUUUCACGAGGAAUAACCCAUAUUGUAAGAGAGAGUAUUACAUACGGCAGAGCACCUGGGGUGUGGGGGGGAGCGAGGGUGACAUUGUGUAAAUAGUCCUUGCUGUAUCAUUUAAGAUGUUUUGGAGAAUCUGAAUCUCACUAUGGAGGGUGUAAAUCCAGUUGAGUAGUACAAUUUGUGGGUCUCAACUGGUUCAUUAUCAGGAGAUGUUGCUGGAUAACAAAAUCCAAACUAUGGCUGAACUAAAGAGGCACUCAGUCAUGAUGUACGCUUUUUAGCCCAACUUUCUUCCUGACUGGGUCUGGGCUGUGAUAUUGUGUGUUAAAUUAGUUUUGCCCGGCUCGUGCUGCCAAGCCGUGUUUGAACCAUGCCUGCACGUGUGUGUUUUAAGCUUCUCAAAGCCUUGUGUUGACACUGUCCUCAAGCCUGCUCUUCUUGCGUUCCCUCAGUUUGAAUUGCAGGCUCCCAAAAUUACUUCCUUGCUACUUCAAGGAACCCUUGGUCCUCACACCAGAGUAUGAGACUGGGAUGCUGAGAAAAGAUUUAUGUAGCUGGAUUUGUACUAUUCUGAAAGGGAAGGGAUAACUUGUUGCCAAGCCAAAUAUUUUCAUUAUUUUUUGAUUACUUACUGAAAGCAGCCAAAAACAUUGUAUAAGGGAUAAACGAGGGACUUCAAGCUAAUAUUUUUCCAUUAAGAAUUUAUUUUUUUAUUCUUCCUGUCAUCAAGAUAGUGCUUUUUGAAUGUAGCUUGUUUUCAGAUGUAUGGCUCCUAGAAUUGUUUCCUUGCAGUCAGACAUCUACAAACACGCAUAGGUUUUGAAAACUGUCUCAUAUGCGUUAGCACUUGCGCUGGAAAUGCAAACUGAGCAUGUUGGCUAAGCAUUUCUUGUAGCUUUAUGGCCCAAGCAGAACGAAAAGCGGUCUUGUGCUAUGUUUUCCUUGAAUCAUGUAUCUGAAAAAACUUUGUAGGAGAAAAUCCAUGAUGAGAAGACUAUUGUUGCUGUAGGAUUUCCUGUUGACGCUUGUCAGCGUAUCCCUUGCCUGCAUUGUAUUUCGUAUAAAUAUCUUCAAUUGGGUUCUUUUAAAAGAAACUGUCAGGUUAAAAAAAAAAAUAAUUCCACACAAAUUUCUUUGCCUUAUGGACCGUAGUUGGGGGUGGUGGUGGGGUGGUGGUGUUGUUUCUAUUAAUAUACUUCUUUUUUUUUUUUCCUCUCUACAUAACUAUUGAGCUUAGAGUGACCUGACGGUUCUCUUUUGGAGAAGAUAGCACAGGUGAUAACCACUUCAAUGGUAGUAAUUACAGUGGCUCCUCUUCUGUUUUGGGUCACUUCCAUGACAGAUAGUUGAUAGAAAAGGCUGCUGUGACUGCUGUGUAAGCAGCCGAGGGAAAUUAAGACUCCCCUCCAGGCUGACGCUGAGGUUAUGAUUUUGCACGCCGGUUUUAAAUGACUACUUUGAAACGAUGUUGGGCUUCAAGUGUCUUGCGAAGCGGUGGAUCCAAAUGAGAAAUGCCUACUUGUUGAGUAUUAGUCUGCUUGGCAGUUUGUGUGUGGCUCGGUACAGGGCUGCGUCAGAAUUUCAGUACCACCAAAUGACCUUGUUUAAAUGCUACUGUCGUACAAAAGUGAAUGUUAAUUUAAGUGAGAAAUUCUGUUUUCUAACUUGUGAAGGAAAUAGUUUUCUAGGGAGGUAAGGAUCCAUAAAUCUCACGUGUUUCAUGAUUUCAGAAAGGCUUCUUAAUCA